GCAAGUAUGUCGUCCAAAUAUUGGGUUUGACUGCACAUGAUUCUAGGUAGAUUGGAGCUCCCGUCCUAGCAUCACUGCGGUUCCGGAAUAUAUUGUACGGAGUACACAGUGAUUCGUAGGUAGCAAAUGGCGCUCCACCAACGGAUAGUUCACGUGCCAGCCGCUAGUCCCACCGUAUUGCGUCGACGCAUCCCAUCUCCUAGCUCCUUUAAUUCCCAACCAAUCACGGCUUGCGCUUGCUCAUCGACUUCGCAGCCUGUGUCCAUCUCCUGGAUCUUACAUAUAUCCCGACAAGAUUCUCUCCACGGACGAGACAAUCAAGAGACUGACCUCCGACACUCGCUUGGAACUAUUGCAUCCAUCAUAAAGUGCUUGCUGCAUGGUGGAGUAUCAUUCCAUCGCACCGAUUUGCGCCAGCAGACGUCUUGAAUGAUUACGACAUUCCAAUCGGCUGACUGAACGGACCGCAAGCAUGCAUCCCCGGAGUUCCUGGGCAACCCUCCUGCUCCUGGCAGCGGCUACCGGAAGCUCUGCUACACCGAGGAAGGACUCCGACAAGGCUAGCACGACAUCGUCGACGAAGACCGCCGUUGCGACACCAUGUGUGGCUACCCAUUCUACCACGGGGUCCUACUACGAUCUGCGGCCUGACGUUGCGGCCGCGGUAAAGGACGGCGAGAAACGUCAUAAAGGAGUCCCAACGGAGGAUUACACAUGGGCGAGGCCAUCGGAAUGGCCCUACAACUUCACCCUGAACGUCUGUGCGCCUGUGGUCAAGGGUGUUAAGGACGUGGUGGGGGUAGAAAAGGCCUUGUGGAAGAACACCAGCGCCUAUUACGAGGAUGGUGGGGAAAUCUACUCUCUAGGCCAACUGAAUACCACCCUCGUACCGAGAGGCACUCAGCUGAUUCUCAGGUAUACUGGUGGCUCGCCGUGCGCACUCGACGGCAAGGACAAACGGCGGGCUGUACACGAGGGAGCGAGCUACAAGUACAAUGAUUAUGAGGAUGACGAAAAUGACUACGAGGUCAGUCCGGACUUGGAGGCCACAGGUUCCGCUGUGCGAGACGACGAUGACGAAGAAGACGACGACGACGAGGAGGAAGAUAGGGAGAAGAAGAAGGAGAAGGAGGAAAAGAAGGGGAAGAAAGGCGUCACACGGCGGAAAUCGGCAAUCAUUACCUUCCGAUGCGACCGAGACCCUGCGACGACAGGGGCAAAGCUGUCAUUUAUCGAGAGGGACGAGGAUGAGUGCACGUAUGUGUUCAGCAUGCUGUCGCAACACGCAUGCGCGAAGUCGGAGCCGCAUAAACCUGGAAGUGUGGGACCCGGAGGCGUCUUCGCCAUCAUCUUCUUCGUCGCAGUGCUCGUAUACGUGCUCGGCGGCGUCUUCUACCAGAGGACGGUGGCGCAUGCCAGGGGAUGGAGGCAGCUACCCAACUUCAGCCUCUGGGCAGGAAUCUGGAGCUUCGUUAAGGAUAUCUUUGUCAUUCUCUUCUCUUCGUGUGCUCGCCUGCUCCAAGGUCGACGGGGCUAUCGCACACUGUCCUCCUCGCCCUCGAGUAGGAGUAGGAACCGAGAAGACGAAAACCGGCUCAUUGACCAGCUGGACGAGGAAUGGGACGACUGAUGCUGAAAAAUAUAGAGAUCUUUAACCCUGGUGGGCAUUUGUAUUACCUACCUGGUAGUCUUUUAGCUACCUCUACCUGCAUCUAGGGUGCUUACAUGGCUUGAGAAUACGGCUGGAAUGACUUGGUCUGUCUCCGCGAUAUUAAGCCGAGGGGGCAUGGAGUUCGUGGGCACCGGGAUGGAAUAGAGGACACCUUGCCUUUUUUCUUGUCAACUAUGCUAUGUAGAUUAAAUAAAGUUUCUUGGAUGACCCCAACACUUCAUUGGAGUCGGUAAGGAACGGCGAUAGCGUUUGAGUUCGACCAGGGAGGAAAACAGGAGCGGUACGUACAUCUGGUGAGAAGGCCAGGAAACGACGAUUAGACUCAACUCCCUUUCUGGGCUUGUGCUAUCAUACAAGAAAGGACUUGAUGGGGGAAACGAGAGGAGGGAGGAGCAAGGCCUCCAGGAGUUCCUGGGGAAUCCAUUUAACAUUAUCAUUUCUUCUUCCAUUA